AUGAAGAGCGUACACGUCUCAAACUACGAUAUCAUCCGGGUGUUAGGGAAAGGCAGCUUUGGUGUCGUCAGACUUGUUCGUGAGAAGAGUGGAAACUGCGAGAGUCUCCGUGGAAGCAGCUCCAGCACGAGAUAUCUUGACGGGUCGUUGACACCGAAGCAAGAAAGCCCUUUUAUUCCUUGUCGCAGACCAAAACAGGUGUUCGCCAUGAAAGUUAUCAGGAAAUCCGACAUGCUUCGCAAUAGUCAAGAAGGCCAUCUGCGUGCAGAAAGGGAUUUCUUAGUUGCCUCAGAAAACUCCCGUUGGGUAGUGCCUCUAAUUGCCGCCUUCCAAGACAAUAAUAAUUUAUACCUUGUUAUGGAGUACAUGAUAGGUGGAGAUUUUCUCGGACUUCUCCUUCGCGAGGACAUUCUCGAUGAGAACGUGGCUAAGUGGUAUCUGGCGGAAAUGAUACUUUGCAUUGAAGAAGCACACAAGAUGAACUGGAUCCAUCGCGACGUCAAACCCGACAAUUUCCUCAUCACCUCAUCUGGCCACCUUAGAAUUUCUGACUUUGGCCUCGCCUUUGAUGGCCACUGGGCUCAUAAUCAAACAUACUAUAACGAACAACGGUACAGCUUGCUACGUGAAUUAGGCUUACAUGUCCAAGGCGAUGCACAAGACAUGGAAGAAGAGAGAAACCGACAAGAUGCUCGCAAAAACAUGGACCAUGUCUUUGGAAAUGAAUCAACGCGCAACCGCUAUCAAACUCGACAGGAGACUGCCAAUGGGCCCAUUGUCGAUUGGUUGAACCGUGAGCAAAGACGUCAGUUCGCAAAGAGCGUGGUGGGAACCAGUCAGUAUAUGGCUCCAGAGGUCAUCAGGGGUGAAAACUAUGAUGGGCGUUGUGACUGGUGGAGCAUCGGUGUGAUACUAUACGAGUGCCUCUAUGGAUGUACACCGUUUUUCUGCGAAAACAGGCAGGCGACAAAGGCGCGAAUACUCGAUCACAGACGAUGGUUGCGAUUCCCAACCGAUCAACGUUACGCUCGUCCGAAUAUUGAUCGCAUACCCCUUGUUCCAGUCUCACGCAAUGCAGUCGACCUAAUGUCGAGACUCCUCGAAGAGAGACAGGACCGACUUUCCGCCAAGCGAUACCGUGAGAAUGACUGGGUGCUCCGCGAUAAAUCUCUCAGUAUCCGCAGCAACCGACACAUUCACAACAACACCGGUCACAUUGUCUUUCCCCACGAUGCUGAAGAUAUCAAAUCGCAUCCAUUCUUCCGCAACAUCCAGUGGUCGCUGCUACACAUGACCCGCCCUCCUUUUGUACCUCGUGUCCAUGGCGGACAGCCCAUCACCAAGUACUUUGACGACGAAGCCGACAUUUUAAGCGCAUCCGAUCAUCUCGACUCUUCCAGCUACGAUUUUUUGGAAGUAGGCGAGGAGCCAGCACCGCCUUUUGCUGCAACAGCACCCAAAGCUAAUGUCGAUCCCCCACCCAUCAUAAUGGAACCCCAAGUCCGCAUCCCUGGAAUCUUUGAACAAAUCGCAUGGGACAGGCUGCAUUCUUCAUUCAAGAAAAUACCAAGGCGGAAAAGGGAGAAAAAGAGACCUCGCGACAAGCUGCUCCGCGAUCCAGAAGUCGGCCGCGCGGUACUAGAGAUCAGGAAGAGGGGCGCUUUUGUAGGGUAUACGUAUCGUAGGCCUCACUUCUCAUUGCCUGACUUGGACGAUAAGCCUGCGGCGACUUCACCGCAUAUGCCUCGGUCUGGUUUGACUGCUACGAGUGCCUAG